AUGAUGUUCUCGGAUAAAGAAAUAAAAGAAAUACCAGAAAGUACUUUCAUGCGGUCCGACGACGAAAUAAUAAGUAUCCGUGAAGUCUGUUUAAGUGACAAGUUUGACAAAAAAGAUUUGGGAUUCAACAGCGAAUCAUUGUUAUCAAACUCUGGGCGAAAUUAUCUGGAUUCCUCCCGCUCCUUGUUCCGCGACGGCUUCUUCCCCGAGGGUCUGGAGCCGCAGCAGGCCAGGUUCGCAUGGACUGAGGAGGAUGGCAACAUCGCCGCGCUGGUCUCUGAACCUGGUUUCGGGACUACUGGACAAACGACCUUCGGGAAGGAUUUGGAUGCAGCUUUUAAGAGUGAGCUGAAGGAGGCUGACACCUCGAGCUCUGUGACGCAGUCGACCACCCGCAGUGGGCUCACGUUUACCAGGAAGCCGUACUCCGACUCUCAGCUGGUCACCUCUACGUCGACCGGCAAUGGAACAGAUCGCACGAACGGCCAAGGAGCGUGCAAGGUGGACAAAGCUGACCCUCGAUCAAGGUUCCACUUCGUGAAGUAUGUCAAACGGCACGGCCGCACCGUCAAACUGUGGGAGUGUGGGAUAUGCAGCCGAGAGUUCCAACAUCAGUACACCCUGACGCGUCACCUUCCCACUCAUACCGACGAAAGGAACUUCCACUGCGACGCUUGCGGCAAGAGUUUCCGUCAGCUCUCCACUCUCAGCCAACACCGCGCCAUUCACUCUGCGGAGAGACCCUACACUUGCGAAGUGUGCAACAAAACCUUCAACCGCGUGUCCACCCUGAUCUCCCACCGCAAGACCCACUCCGAUGAGAAGCCCUAUAAAUGCCACAUCUGUCCCAAAGGGUUCCACCAGAAAGGUAACCUUCGUAACCACCUGUUCACGCACACCAACGAGCGUCCUUACCGCUGCAAUAUCUGCCUGAAGGGCUUCAACCAGCAGUCCAACCUCGUCUGCCACAAAAACAAGGCACAUUCAGACGAUGGUUGUAGUGCGGUCUCCUCCCGAAGGAACUCGCUGCGUCUGCCGCAGCCGACAACUCCUGUAAACCAACCUGAUUCUUCCAGAUCAUCUGCCGACCACUGCGAGGUAUCGUCCACUGUUGGUCCCUAUUUACCCUCAAUCGAAGGUCCGUCUUCUUCGUCUUGGGGGUCCAAAUGGUCUUUCUCUAAGUUUGAUCCCGAGCCGAACGAGCAAUUCAGUCAGGACGGUAGCUGGGGGGUGGGUUCGGGGGUGGUAGUGGACCCCAUCAAGACGUACCACAUGGGGGUGGCUCUGGCUACUAAGCAGACCCCGUUCGCGUUGCUGAAGCCAGACAAUGGGACGCCGGUGCUGGUGAAAGUGAUCGACACCAUGUUACCUGGAGGGAAGCAGAUGUUAGUACCAGCAACAGCUGAAGAUUUAAAAGUAGGGGGAAAAAUUGUUCUGAAAAAUGAAGAAAACAUUACUUCAAAACCGAGCCAAGACCCGGACGGGUCCGCGGUUCAGAUCCGCGUGCCGGUGGUGGCGACGGUGGUGCCGCGCCUGCAGCCCGGGGGGAGGCUGCACCUCGCCGUGCAGGAGCCCCACCACGCGUACCACACGGCCUUGUCUGCUGACAUGGGCGAAGUGAAAGUGGAGCCGUGUUCGAGCAACCACGAGCUGCCUCUGGGCUGCAAGGACCCGCUGCCUCGACUGCACCCCAUCAAACCCCAUGACGCCGUCAGCGUGUUUGAUGACGCUGCCCUAAGACCAGGCGCGAGCGGUCGCCUGUCGUCUUGUUCGCUGCCGCCGCCCGCGCCGUCUCCUCCAUUAGACUUCAUCCCGUUGGAUCUCUUUGAGCCCAUGGAGUGCAUACCUUUGGGGCCCCAGAUAACAGCAGUGGGGCACAUCGACCAGCCGCCACCCUCAGAUGAUUCCGAUAUAUUUAUCGGGGAGUUUGAAGAGAGCAUCCCGCUUUCGGACUCUGACUAA